AUGCAACUUGCUCAUGGAAGAAAAAUUAUUUUAAUUGAUAAUCAUCAUCAAUAUCAGCGUUGGUUCAUAAAUUACGAGAUCGAAAAUUCAAAUGCUAAAAUUAUGACAACAUAUGGAAUUCAUCCCAAAUAUCUUCCAACAAAUCCACAAAGUGUAUUGGAACAAAUGGAGAAUAUUUUUAAACAUAAAUUUAAUUUAAAUACAAAGAAAGUGGCCAUCGGCGAAUGUGGACUGGAUGAUACAAGCAGAUAUUCUUUUGAUUUUCAAUUGUCUAUGUUCGAAUUUCAAGUUAAAUUAGCAGCAGAACUACAAAUUCCAAUCGUUCUUCAUGGUCGUAGAGAAAAUUCUUUUUCAACAAUGCUGAAUGCAUUAAAGCAAUAUUUAAAACCCAACCACAACAUUCACUGGCACUGUGUAAAUCCUAAAAGUGAUUUAAAUGUUAUUAACAACUUCUUAUACUAUUUUGUAAAUUCGUUUAUUGGAUUAAAUGGCUCAAUUAUUCUACAAGAUGAUGAAGAACUUCAAAAAUUAUUUAAUAAAUGGCUGUUUGGUCAACCCAAUAUUAUCGAUCAUAUCAUAAUCAAAACAGAUUUUCCGUUUUUAUGCCCACCUGGAUUAGAACAAAAUCAAUAUAGUUUUAUUAGUGGAAUAACGAUUACAGCACAAUACAUCGUCAACAUAUUACGAAUGAAAAAUAUGAACACGACGGAAAUAAUUGACAAAUCAAAUAAAAACAUUCAAAGAAUGUAUCUCAUCGAUUGA